AUGGAAGAUGGCACCAACCCCGCGGAAGACCUCAAAAAGAAAAAGAAAGCGAGCUUCCGCAGAAAACUACGUGAGGCAGGGAUUGAGGUGCCCCCCGUCGUCCCCCGCCAGCGGGAUUCCGCACUGCCACCUAAGGUCAAGCGCAAGCGUGCUUACUCGCGAGCCGGCCGUAAGAGGGCGAAUAAAAGAAAGAAGGCGGCAGCUGCCUCUGAAGAAACUACUGAGCCGGGCCCCGAGGCCUCUGUGACUCCUGACGCUUCGCCCGUCACUUCGCCUGUCGCUUCACCUGUCGUCGAGCCCGUCGCUUUGCCUGUGGCUUCACCUGUGGCUUCAUCUGUUGCCUCGUCCGCCGCUUUGCCUGUUGCCUCGUCUGUCGCUUUGCCUGUUGCUUCACCCGUCGUCUCGCCCGUUCCCUCGCUUUCUGCCAAUGUUAUCUCCCAGCCUGAGGUCCCGGCAGAGAAUGUUGACAAGCAGAACGAGGAGGCUGCUGAUGAUGAGAAGGUUGUGUGGGAUCCUAUAGAUCCUUUGGGUCUCUUUGAUGAGUUGGAGGGGCCUCUGAACUGGCCAUCCGAAGACCUCUGGGACUAG